GUGAAAUGACAUGAUGUCCAGGAUUUGCUUUAAUAUACAGCACUUCAAAAAAAAUGCAGAAAGGGAUACAUGAAAUGAGAAAGGCAGCAAACUGUUGUUGAAGUUGGAUGAUGAGUACAGUCCUCCAUUAUUAUCCGAGGGGGAUAAUUCCUGGACCCUCACGGAUACCAAAAUCCAGCACAGAAAACACUCGUGAGACCGAGCUGAGAACCCAAAAGGCACGCUUCAGGCCAUCGUAGCCUCCAAGCCUGGCCAGAUUCCGUCCACCGACUCCUUGGUGCUCCGAGACCCAAAUCGCUAACUGGGGCCUAGGGCUGGCGUGACCGCGCAGGCGCGCCUCCCCUGCGAGAUACCGGAGGCAACUAUCGUACCCAGAUGUGGGAUAAGCAGAAGGAGGUCUUCCUGCCCUCGACCCCUGGCCUGGGCAUGCACGUGGAAGUGAAGGACCCCGACGGCAAGGUGGUGCUGUCCCGGCAGUACGGCUCGGAGGGCCGCUUCACGUUCACCUCCCACACGCCCGGUGACCAUCAAAUCUGUCUGCACUCCAACUCUACCAGGAUGGCGCUCUUCGCUGGUGGCAAACUGCGUGUGCAUCUCGACAUCCAGGUUGGGGAGCAUGCCAACAACUACCCUGAGAUUGCUGCAAAAGAUAAGCUGACGGAGCUACAGCUCCGCGCCCGCCAGUUGCUUGAUCAGGUGGAACAGAUUCAGAAGGAGCAGGAUUACCAAAGGUAUCGUGAAGAGCGCUUCCGACUGACGAGUGAGAGCACCAACCAGAGAGUCCUAUGGUGGUCCAUUGCUCAGACUGUCAUCCUCAUCCUCACUGGCAUCUGGCAGAUGCGUCACCUCAAGAGCUUCUUUGAGGCCAAGAAGCUGGUGUAGUGCCCUCUUUGUAUGACCCUUCCUUUUUACCUCAUUUAUUUGGUACUUUCCCCACACAGUCCUUUAUCCAUCUGGAUUUUUAGGGAAAAAAAUGAAAAAGAAUAAGUCACAUUGGUUCCAUGGCCACAAACCAUUUGUAUCAGCCACUUGCCGACCCUGGUUCUUAAGGACACAGGACAUUAGUCCAAUCUUUCAAAAUCUGUCUUAGGGCUUGUGAGGAAUCAGAACUAACCCAGGACUCAGUCCUGCUUCUUUUGCCUCAAGUGAUUUUCCUCUGUUUUUCACUAAAUAAGCAAAUGAAAACUCUCUCCAUUACCUUCUGCUCUCUCUUUGUCCACUUACGCAGUAGGUGACUGGCAUGUGCCACAGAGCAGGCCCUGCCUCACUGUCUGCCAGUCAGUUCUGGGUUCACUCAAUGGCUUUGUGAAUGUAAAUAAGGGGUAGGUCUUGGCCCUAGAGGAUUGAGAUGUUUUUCUAUAUCUUAGAACUAUUUUUGGAUAAAUUAUAUAUUUUCCUUCCUAGUAGAAGUAUUACUGCCUGUAACUAGCUCAAAACACCAAUGCAGUUUCUGCAUUCUGGGUUUUGUUUUUUGUUUUUUUGUUUUUUUUUUUUGAGUUUUGCUCUUGUCGCCCAGGCUGGAGUGCAAUGGCAUGAUCUCAGCUCACUGGCAACCUCUGCCUCCCGGGUUCAAAUGAUUCUUCUGCCUCAGUCUCCUGAGUAGCUGAGAUUACAGGUGCCCACCACCACGCUCAGCUAAUUUUUGUAUUUUUAGUAGAGAUGGGGUUUCACCAUGUUGGCCAGGCUGGUCUUAGACUCCUGACCUCAGUUGAUCCACCUGCCUCAGCCUCUGCAUUCAGUUUAUUCACAUAUUUUUGGCAACUCCCAUGGCAGCUCCUAGGAUUUCAGCGGUCUGUGGGCCAGAAAGCAGGCACCAGGGCUGAUCUCAAGGCCGUAUCAGAGGGCCAAGCAGAGUUCUUUUGGAUACCUGCUUUUCAUCCCACAGGGCCUUAGAGUCAGCGGUAAGGUAUCAACAGAGCUAGCAUGGGGCAAUGCACUCUUACCCUCCUUCUCAAUUUUUAUUUAAGCUGUGCUAAAUGUUUUCUUCAAGGGAACCAGAUUUGGUUCUUUACAGAAUUUUCCAGUGAAAUAAAACAUGUUGUAAUA